UGGCCGGUUUACAUGGGGUCUUUUUUUUGACCUCAAAGGAUUUGAUAAAAGGUUGUUGGCUUUUGAUACGAAAAUCAAUAUCACGCUUUGACUAUCAUCUAGGAUAAACGGGUCCAAGCCGGUUCGCUCUGGUACAUACAUGUGUAUACAUAAUUAUACAUUGCCCGCAAUAUCGCAUUUUUAUACUGACGAGUGCCGGAUGAACAUCUAAAACCAGUGUCCAGGGGUUUUGCUGCUCUAUGCUUCAACUCAGUAUCCAAAGAACAGUGGCCAAAAUGGGAGAUGCGGUGGACACACUGUUAUUUUUCUGCAAUGGGAAAAAGGUCGUUGAUCAUCAUGUGGAUCCAGCAAUGACUUUAUUGACGUAUCUUCGCAACAAGUUACGUCUGACUGGUAGUAAGCUAGGAUGCGGGGAAGGAGGUUGUGGGGCAUGUACCAUCAUGGUGUCCAAAUACUCACCCAAGGACAAAACUAUCAGUCACCUUGCAGUGAAUGCCUGCCUGACCCCCAUCUGUUCUGUGCAUGGUAUGGCCGUCACAACUGUAGAAGGGAUCGGCAGCACCACGACCAGACUCCAUCCAGUACAGGAGCGUCUUGCCAAGGCCCACGGAUCCCAGUGUGGUUUCUGUACUCCUGGUAUUGUCAUGUCUAUGUACACUCUGCUGAGGAACAGACCACAACCUACCAUGGAGGAGAUCGAGAGCGCCUUUGAGGGCAAUCUGUGUCGUUGCACGGGCUACAGACCCAUCUUACAAGGCUACAAAACGUUCACUAAGGAAGGAUGUUGUGGAGGGAAUAACGCUGCAUGCUGUAGGAAUGUACCAAGUAACGUGGAUGGACAAGAGGAAGGGGUUUCGACGAAAAUGUUUGACCCAAGCGAGUUCGCGCCCUACGACCCCUCCCAAGAAUCGAUUUUCCCUCCAGAGCUGAUGAUAACUUUGAAAGAAACGACACCGAGAAUGCAGAAAUUUGCAAGCGAUCGCGUGACUUGGUUCCGUCCCGUAACACUUCGACAACUGUUGGAAUUGAAGGCUAACAACCCUCAAGCUAAGGUGGUGGCAGGCAACUCAGAAGUUGGUGUUGAAGUCAAGUUUAAGAACCAAUGCUAUCCCGUUCUCGUCGAUAUCACUUACAUCCCUGAGCUGACUAGCGUCGAGAAGACGCCUUCUGGAGUUAGAAUUGGCGCUUCUGUGUCACUGACGUCAGUCGGUGACUAUAUGAAGGAAAUCAUACAGGAGGAACCAGAACACAAGACGCGUGUCUUUGCAGCCAUUGUGGAGAUGUUGCGCUGGUUUGCCGGGCACCAGAUCAGAAACGUAGCUUGUAUCGGAGGUAAUAUAGCAACAGGCAGUCCCAUUUCCGACCUGAACCCGCUGCUCAUGGCGGCCGUGUGUACCGUUGAACUUGUCUCAAGCUCAGGUAAACGUACCGUGAACAUGGACGGCAACUUCUUCACCGGAUAUAGGAAGAAUGUUAUCAAGACAGACGAGAUUAUCUUGGCUAUCAAUGUCCCCUUCACGUCAGAGAAUGAGUAUUACUAUGGGUACAAGCAAUCUCCACGUCGCGAGGAUGAUAUCGCCAUAGUCAAUGCUGGUAUGAGAGUGGUCUUGAAGCCGGGUACUAAUGAAGUACAGGAUUGCACCAUAGCGUACGGUGGUAUGGCUCCAACAACAGUGCUAGCUACGAAGACAAUGAAAAACAUCAUGGGAAGACCGUGGAGUGAUGGUUUAGUGGAGGUCAUGACCCCUCUACUGCUCGAGGAUCUACCUCUAUCCCCCGGUGCCCCAGGCGGUAUGGAGCCCUAUCGGCAAUCACUCACCCUCAGCUUCUUCUUCAAGUUCUACCUCGCCGUCUUGGAACAAAUACAUCUGAAACAGCCUGGUUUGAGAGGUUCGACGAUGCCACCAUCCUUCAGCUCAGCCAACCAGCCUUACCAUAAGAACUCCGCGCGAGGUGUUCAGAUGUAUCAGGAGGUACCAUCAGGCCAACCUGAUUCAGACGCCGUUGGCCGACCUGUGACCCAUCAAUCUGCCUUCAAACAGGUCACAGGAGAAGCUGUCUACGUGGAUGAUAUGCCUCAUAACGAGAUUGAGCUGUAUCUGGGAAUGGUCCUCAGCAAGAAGGCACACGCCAACAUUUUAUCCGUUGAUACCACUGAAGCACUCGCAAUUGACGGAGUGCAUUCGUACGUGAGUGCUGACGAUGUGCCAGGAAGCAACAUGUCAGGAACGUCACAAGAGUAUGACGAUCUUUUGUUUGCCGAGAAAGAGGUGAAUAGUAUAGGCCAGGUGAUCGGGGUGGUAGUAGCUGACAACCAGGCUAUCGCGCAGAGAGCUGCCAAGUUGGUGCGAGUGGAGUACGAAGAGCUGCCGACUGUUAUCACUAUACAGGACGCCAUUGAGGAGAACUCCUUCUUCCCUGACGGCUACCGCCUCCGGAAGGGAAACGUGAAAGAAGCCUUUGACAGCUCGGAUCACAUCAUCGAGGGAGAGCUAAAGAUUGGUGCCCAGGAGCACUUCUACCUGGAGACAAUUACCACCUUGGUCAUCCCGGGAGAAGGAGGGGAGGUCGAGGUCAUCUCAGCCUCCCAGGCACCAUCUAGGAUACAGACCAUGGUUGCCAGGGCUUUGGGUGUAGCAAAGCACCGAGUGGUAUCUCGAGUGAAGCGCCUCGGUGGAGGUUUUGGUGGGAAGAUAACCAAAUCGUCCGUCUACGCGGCGAUCUGUGCCGUCGCAGCUAAUAAAGUCAAGCGCCCAAUUCGUCUCAUGCUUGAUCGAAAUGAAGACAUGAUGACAUCAGGUACACGACACCCGUACCUAGCUCGUUACAAAGUAGGAGUAACAAGCUACGGCCAACUGAGGGCGCUGGAGAUCGAUAUGUACUCCAACGCUGGGAGUACCUACGACUUUUCAGUCAAUGUUUUGGAAAGGACAAUGUUCCACAUGGACAACUGCUAUAAAUGCCCCAAUGUCAGCGUGAAUGGAAUCCUCUGCCGUACCAAUCUGGCAUCCAACACGGGAUUCCGGGGGUUCGGAAGCCCCCAGGCCAUGCUGGUGGCGGAGACGAUCAUGUCAGAUAUCGCCUUGAAAUGUGGACUGACGCAGAUCAAGGUGCGAGACAUCAACUUUUACCAGGAGGGGGACCUGACGCAUUAUGGCCAGGAGUUGAAAUAUUGGAAUCUAGAGCGAUGUUGGGAUGAGUGCCUCACGAAAGGUGACUACGACAAUCGGAGACGCGAAGUGGAUCAGUAUAACAGUAAGAAUCGAUGGAGGAAGCGUGGUCUUGCUGUCACACCCACCAAGUUUGGUAUUUCCUUCAACCAGAACUACCGUAAUCAGGCUGGUGCGUUGGUGCACAUCUACAACGAUGGUUCAGUACUGGUUUCCCAUGGAGGUACCGAGAUGGGUCAAGGGUUGCACACCAAGAUGAUCCAAGUAGCCAGCAGGACGCUGAGGAUUCCUCAGGAGAAGAUUCACGUCAGCGAGACCAGCACGAGCAGCGUGCCGAACACCUCCAACACGGCAGCAAGCUUCAGCUCCGAUCUCAACGGGAUGGCCGUCAAGGAGGCCUGUGAAACUCUCUUGCACCGACUGGAACCCUUCAUCCAGGACAAUCCCAAAGGUACCUGGGAGAGCUGGGUCGACGCCGCGUACAAAGACCGCAUCAGUCUGUCAUCUACUGGAUUGGGCAAGGCGCGUGAUGUACACUUCAACUGGGAGACAUGCGAAGGAGAACCUUACGCCUACUUCGUGUACGGUGUGGCGGUCUCUGAAGUAGAGAUUGACUGCUUGACUGGGGAUCACCAGGUGCUACGGACCGACAUCGUCAUGGAUGUGGGUGACAGUCUCAACCCGGCAAUCGAUGUGGGACAGAUCGAAGGUGGUUUCGUCCAGGGCUAUGGCCUGUUUGUCCUAGAGGACUAUCGGGUCAGUCCGUCUGGUCAGCUGCUGACCACUGGUCCUGGAUUCUACAAGAUUCCCAGCUUUGGUGACAUACCGGCCGAGUUCAAUGUCAGUCUGUUGACUAGGGCUCCUAACCCAUUCGCCAUCUGCUCAUCAAAGGCUGUGGGAGAACCUCCCUUGUUUCUCGCAGCUUCCAUCUUCUUCGCCAUCAAGGAUGCCGUUCAAUCAGCCAGGGAGGAUGCUGGCAUCCCUCGAGCAUUCCGUCUAGACAGCCCAGCCACGGCAGAGAGAAUCCGCAUGGCAUGCCAAGACCAGUUCACUAAACAGGUUCCUCCAUUGCCAGAGUCCAGGACUUUCAAGCCAUUCUUCGUGCGUCCCUAGAUGCAGCAGACAAAUGCCGAGUGACUUUGGGAAGGGUGCCGUGUGCUGCCCUCAAUUUUGAGAAAAUCUUUGUCUUCCGGUUAAAUUUAAAGUACCUGUCACUAAAAAUGUUAACAUUACAUAAAUCUUAAAGGCACGUAAAGGAACUUGGUAAUUACCUGAAAUCGGACUCACCAAGGAACUUGGUAAUUACCUAAAAAUGGACUUACCAAUUUAAUUAGAAAAAACCUUGCUAAAGGUAAAGAUGGGUAUGGUGCCAUAUUCUGUCAAACAUGGUAUCGUUCAAAAAGGAAACAAUCAUUAGAAGGCAGCUUUAAAAAGUGUGCCCAAGGGCACAUAUUUUACAUGCAUCAAUAACGGAAUCCAGUUACGAGCCCCCCCCC